AUGCAGUAUUGCUGGCUUCCACAGGAGAGACGAGAACCCGUUUUCCGAGAGAAGCCCCCAGUGGUCCUUUCAACCAGCCGAUUCCAACGCAUCCGGGCAAAUGCCACCCAGGCGGCCAAACAGGAGCAACUGCAUCAGCAGCAGCUGCGGAACGAGGCGGAGGAGAAACUUCGCAUUGGAGGCGAGGAGCUGCUCCGUAAAUUUGCCGGUCGGAAUCUGUGCAUCUCGCGGGAGGAGGAGUGCGCCCGGGAACUCAAGCAGAUGCAGGAUCAGCAUCUGGAGGCCAAGCGCCUGGCGGAGGAGGAGACCAAGGCCUCGCGGCUGGAGCACCAGAAAACCAGAAGAGAGCAAAUCGAGGCGGCCCAGAAACUCCUGGAGCAACUGCGUCCUGGUCCGCGGGAACUACAGUGCGCCCGUCUCCAAAGUGAAGUCAUGAGAAGCGUCAAUGUCCAGCGGGAGGUCCAAGCGGAAUUCGCCAAGGCAACCCGGCGGCAGGAGGAGCUGGACAGGAAGAUCUUUCAGGAGCAGGUGCUUCGUGGUUUUGAGGAGGCACAACUACGUCACAAGGAACAGUUCCAACAGCUGGCCGAGCACAAAAAGGAGCUACUGGCGUUGAUUGCGGAGAGGGAAAGAGAACGACAGGCCACCAAAGCCAAGGAGCUGGAGGAAGCUCUCCAGGAGCGGGAGCGAAACCACCGCAUGCUAAAGGACCAGCAGGACAAGGAGAAGGAUCUACAGGCCGCCAGACGGCUCCUAAAAAAGGAGGAGGCCCUGGCCUCCUUGGUCAUGUCCGAUCAGCGCCAGAAGCGCCUCCUGAUGCUCGAGGAAAUAGAGCAGGUUCAGUGCGAUGUCCACAACAAGGCCAAGGGCCAUCUGGAGCAGCUCAAACGGGACAGGGCCAAGGAGCGAGUGGAGCAGCGCAUCAAAAGGAAUGAGAAGCUGGCCAAGGAACUGGCUCCUCGCCUGCAUCACAGUGCUCGGGAGGAUGAGGAGCGCCACAAGCAGCAGUUGGAGGAGAUGCGAAAGGUCCACAGUGCCGAGCAGGCCAAAAGAAGGGAAUCCCGAGAGCAGGCCAAGAAUGCCCGUUUGGCUAUCCAGCGAGGGGAGGAGGAACUGGCCAGGAGGAUAAGAGAAAAAGCUGCAGAGGAUCGCAAGGAGGCAGAGAAGCUGCGUCUCCAAAACGAUCUCACCAAUGUUCAGUUUAUGCAACAGCAGAGGCAGGAGCACCUCCAACGCAUCAGGAAACUUCGCCGAGAUCUCGAUGAUCAGGUGAAGAAACGCAUCGAGGAGGAGACCCGACCAGGUACCAACUACAACCGGGAGGCCCAGUUGGAGGAGCUGCGCGAGGAUGCCUUCUUCUUCGACUAUGCCCGCCAGCUGAUGGACGAGGCCAAUGCCAAGGGAUGUCCUCUAAAACCAUUCAUCAGGGCUGUUGGCCAGUACAAAAACGAUAAUCGCAUAGGGGCUGAGAUACGAAUCCCUCGACAUAUGAUCACCAGAUUGCCCAUGGGUCGGAGAACCCAGGGAGAUAGCCCAGCGGAGGGCAAGGAAAAAUCUUUGAAGGAUCAGGAACCCAAUGCCAAUGAGCUUAGUAAGGAGGAAAAGCAGCUGAGGCAGAAAAUCCAGGAAAACCUUAAGAAAAUUGAAGAUUUGGUAUUGCAGGAAGGGGAGGCUAAAAAGAAUCCAAAAACUUCAUAA